AUGUUCGAUGCGUACACUCCAAGUGAAGUAGCCCUCCGGUUGCCAGUAGAAGUCACUUGCCUCGCAUUUCAAGGAAAUCCAGGUAAACAUUUGAAAAUCCUCUAAAAGUUCAUUGAAAUCGUUUGCAGAUGCGAAACACAGCGUGUUAGCAGGAGGAAGAGCCGGCCACUUGUACGUUUAUUCAUUUUCUUCAAGUAAGUAAUCAAGAAAUGACCGAAAACAUUUGUUUUUUUGCAGAUCGACGCGGGUUCGAACUAACCAAUGUCUGCAAGACAUUCCACAAAAAAGCAGUGCUUGAAAUGAAAGUUUGUCAACCGGAAGACCUUCUUUUGUGCGUUUCCGACGGUCAAUUAAUGGCUCAUCGCCUCAGCGACCCGGAAUAUAAAGUGGAAACGCUCAUUCACAAAGUGAAACCGGUUAACACGUUUGCCAGAUUUACUCCAAAGGUCUGAGACGCCACAGUAUUCAAUUAUACCUAAUAUGAAGGAAUUCAGACUUCUGGAGAUCUUUACGUCAUUCUGUCGUCACGGAAAAAGCUGUUUCUCUUCAAAUGGGGCGAAAAGGACGGGCACAAAGAGUUCAUCGAAGUGCAACUUGACUACAAUCCCAUCUUCGUGGACACACCGAAUUGCAUCAGGUUCGCACAUGAAAAAAAGCAAACAGAAAAAAACGUAUUUUUGUUGCAGAUGCGUCGGCGAAACGGUUUUCUUCUCAGUUCGCAACGAGUACUUCUCAAUGACGAUGCGAAAAGACAAAACGGCGCCAAAGUCACCGAGCGACACGUCGUCGCCGUCGCCGCCAGAAGGGUGGGAGGGAUUCGUGACUCGUCUGUUCAACUUCAAUUGCCAACCUGGCAUAGUUCCGAUGAUCGACAGACGGAGAGUCGCUUUCGUUCGCAAUGAAACAGUCGUGACCACGGAUAUCUGGGGGAACCGGCCGACGGACGAGUACAAAUUCAGCGAGGUGCCCAUGCAGAUCGGUCAGUUUUUCGCUGGAAAAGUCUGUAAAAAGGUUUCAUCUUCAGUGUACGAUUCCCCGUACUUGAUCGGAAUGCUCUCGAAAGGACGCGUCGAGGUCCGUUCGAUCUUUGACGGCCAGCUCGUUCAGACGAUGUCGCUCCCGAAGGCGAUGGCCCUCUGCGACGGAAUCCGCGGUCAAGUGUUCGUCUCGGCGCUCUCCGACAUCUGGAUACUCGACACGGCACAGAAUUUGCGGAAGAACGUGUCCCAUCUCAUUCAGGAGCGACAAUUCGAGCUGGCCAUCCAACUGGCCGACAAUUCGAAUGUGUUCAGCGACGAAGCGAAAAUCGAGAUAAAAAAAAGGCGGCGUUGAAUUUGUUCAAUCAGAAAAAGUUCGAUGAAUCGUUUGCGCUUUUCUUGGAUAUCAAAACAGGUCGGUUCAAAUCUAAGGCUUAUUCAAUAAUCUAUCUCCUUCCAGAUGUGCUCACAAUCCUGCGAAUGUUCCCUGAACUUCUACCCGAUCGAAUCAGAAAGAACACGACGCUGACCGAUGAAAUGCCGGCCAACGACCGGAUGCGGGCUCUUCUCGCACUGGGCAACUACCUCUCCGAGAUCCGAACCGAACACGCCAAGCACAUCGAUCUGUACAACAGACUGAGAGCGUCCGGACAGGCGAAAAACGUGGACAACGAGGAGCUGCACAAAUUGAAUAUCACGCUGCAAGUGGUCGACACUACACUCCUCAAGUGCUAUAUCAAGGUGAUCCGACGAUCGUAGUUUUCUAAAAAAAAUAGAUGAAUUUCAGACGAAGCCAGCGCUCGUCGACUCGCUGAUCCGUCUGCAGAGCAACGCGUGCACUUUCAACGACGCCGAGGAGAUUCUGAAGUCGGAAGGCCGUCUCCGAUCGCUUUUCAUCCUCUACGAAUCCCGCAAGAAGCACGAACUGGCUCUGGACCUGCUCAUCGAGCAGUCGACUCGCGCGGACGCCGAUCCGUUUUUUCACGACGCCGUCGAGCAGAUUGUCGAGUAUUUGCAGUCGCUCGGAAACAGUAAUCUGCCGUUGAUUCUCAAGUACGCAAAAUGGGUUCUCGCCAAGAAUCUGGACGCCGGAGUGCAGGUUUGUGAUGAAUUUCAUCAGAUGAAAUCUUGCGAAAAUGAACGUUCUCUUUGCAGAUAUUCACGAGUGACGAGACGGAAAUGGCGCGAAAUCUGAACCGUAAGACGGUGGUCGAAUUUCUAAAAUCCGAGUGUCCGAUGGCUCUGAUUCCCUACUUGGAGCACGUCAUUUUCAAGUGGGACGAGCCGGCGCCCUACUUCCACGAGACACUUCUCGAGUACUACGUGGCGAGGGUUAACUCUCUGUUCAAGGACUACGUGCACGCAUUCCCUGACGGUAUUCAAGUCCCGAACGGAUAUCUCACACACCCUUCCAAGUAUUUGCAGACGAGAACAUCACUCGUGCGGGCGACGAAGACGGCGAACUCGGCAUGUUCCGGAAACGUCUUCUGAGGUUUCUGGAAGUGUCGCACGCCUACAGUCCCCAAACAGUCUUGCUUCAGUUGGCGCCGCACGCAUUCUUCGAAGAGCGCGCUCUCAUUUUGGGUCGACUGAAACAGCACGAUCAGGCACUUGCGCUCUAUGUGAAUACGCUAAAAAAUGUGCCGGCUGCCGAGGAUUACUGUAGACUGUACUAUAAUGCGAACGAUGAGACCAAUUCACAGGUGAGAGUGCGAAAAGAGUUGUGCUCUCCCACCGACUCUUCCUCUCUCGAGAGACCCUGAAAACUCUUUGAACUCUUCCUCAACUUACAGAUCUACCUGCUGUUGUUCCGAACUCUGGUCCACCCGAAUCAUAACCCCCACCAUUCGCCUCCCUACCCUUCCGACACGACUCCAUUCGGCUCGUUCCGUGACGACAUUUCGGACACGUCGACAGUCGUCAACUCGACGUCUUCAUAUCAACCGGACAUCAACACGGCCAUCAAGAUUCUCGCGAAAUAUGCGGACAAACUGGACAAAGUGGGCGCACUGAACAUGCUGCCGGCCACCACUCCGCUAAGAGUCGUCUACGCGGCCAUCAAUGCCGUCAUUCAGACGACCGGCACGCAAGGAGCUACGGUUCGUUUGUGAGAAGAUGACACAGCUAUUUUGAGUACUUUUGCAGAGAAUGCUCGAAAGGUCAGUGUCCGAAUAUGCGACGUCGAAGAAACGCGAACGAAAGAACCGAGUCGAGUCGACGAAAGUGGUGGUGAACUUCCAAAGCGAAUGUGUUUCGUGCGAGAAGAAGAUCGCCGGAAGCACGUUUGUCCGAUAUCCGGACGGCCGACUCGCCCAUCUCUACUGUCACACCGACCACAAAGGAAGCAUCCGACGGUAG